AUGACUUCGACACUAUCGCAUAACCCGAAUAACAACAUGAUCGGCAACCAACCCGCCGACCCUUACACGACCCUCAACCAUAGCGAGGCACCGGUGAAGGAGAAGAUGGAAAACUUCAUUCAUUUCAUCAAGCGGUGCAAGUACGGCAUGCUCACGACACGAGAUGCCAAUACUGGACUUCUCGCCUCCCGCUGCAUGGAGCUGGCUGCUACGGAAACCAACAGCACGGAUUUACUCUUUUACACAAACACAACCUCGCACAAGGUCGAGGAGCUGAGCGCCGACCCGCACGUCAACGUCUCCUUCGUCAACGCAUCGGGAGAGUGGGCCUCGGCCGCCGGAACCGCCUCCAUCAUCACCGACCGCGCAGUGGUGGAGCGCUACUAUAACCCUAUCCUCAAGGCUUGGCUUGGCGACCUCGGCGAUGGCAAGCACGACGGCUCCGCUUCGGAUCCCCGUCUGGGCCUAAUUCGCGUGAGAAUCAAUACCGCCACGUUCUCCCAAUCGGGAAAGAAUCUCCUGGCGAGAGCAGCAGACGUCGUCCACGGUGCUGUCACGGGCCAGCCCGCUCAGGUGUCAAAGUUGUGCGAGAUUACGGACGGUGAGAUCAAUAACUGGAGAGCAACUGGCAGUGCCAUUGCCUAA